UUCCAUGGCUAUAUAAUAAACGUAUACCUUCGCCUUUUGGGGACUCGAACUCUGCGACUUUGAUCUGUUCUUGACUUUCGUCAAUUCCACUUCCAGGUUACGGGCAGGAAUUCAGAGACUCAGUUUGAUCUUGGGGUGCGAAAGAAAGAGACUUUCUUUUGACAUGCCUUCUAAGCUUUAGUAAGGCUGGCAGCUUAAUGUUGAGUUCUGGGAGUAACUUGAACAGUAGCAGCAGCAGCGGGAUAACUUCUUCGGAUAUGCCACCCUUGCCCCAGUGUUUGCCACUAGAUUCAAUUACAGUAGGCAAUAGAAAAUAUACAGGAGAGCUAAGGAGGGUUCUUGGUGUCACUGCUGGAAACACAUCUGAAGACCAUUCUUUUGGUGGUUCACAUCCUAAACCCAUGGCUCCAGGAGCCUCAGGUGAAUUAAAGCACUUCAAAGAAAGUGUACAAGAUGCUUCCAGAAAGGCGAGGGAUAGAUCAAAAAUGCUUGGGGAAUCUUUGUCUAAACUGGAGAAGUACGAGGCAUUAAACAUAAAGAAGCGGCAAAGGGCGGAUUUAUCAAGUGAUAGGGGAGGUGGAGUAAACUUGACGAAGAUGGGUAACCAGAUUCACAAAACUCCUAAUGAUAAUCUAACUCAGAGAUCAGAAGCAAAGGCCUCAAAUUCAAUGCUGAACAAGCGAAUUCGUACAUCAGUGGUAGAUGUGCGGGACGAAAGUAGGUCUCCUGCUAUUGGAAGGCCACGGAUGGUCACAGAAAAGGAUGGAAAUCUGAUUCAGACACUUGGUGGGAGCUCUGUUCGAAAUGAAGAGAAAACACGCAGAUUACUUGCUGGUGCUGGUGGUGAAGGUUUGGAUAACAAAAUAAAGAAGAAGAGGUCUGUUGGAACUGUAGGUAACAGACUUAUAACUGGUGAAAGGGAUGUAAAACGAACUGCUCUUCCAAAGGCAAAUGCUGAUCUGAAGACACGACUUUAUGAUGCUCAAGGUUUCAGAUUGAAGCCACUUUCUGGAUCUGGUGGGAACAAGUCUGAGGGCUCUUCAGAGCUUACUAAUACACGCAUGAUGCUUGCAAGUGAGCAAGGUGCUUCUCUUCACAGGGAACACAUAGCUGAGCAGAGAGUUAUGACAAAAGGAAACAACAGGGCAAACAGUCAGGAGGACCCAGCAAGCAGCCCUAACACGGUAAUAAGAAACAAAGCAUCUCGGGCACCAAGAACAGGUUCAGUUAGUGCACUAGAAUCAUCCAACAUUCAACCUUCUUCUACAACUUUUCAAGGUUCUAUGAAUUCAAUGACCCAGUGGUGUGGUCAGAGGCCACCAAAAAAUUCACGCUCACGAAGAGUUAAAGUAGUUUCUCCUGCCUCACGGAAUCUCGAAGUACAGGUCUCAUCCGAAGGCUGUCUAACUUCUGAUUUCAGUCUUAAAGCUUCUUCUGCUGGCAACAAUGGAUUUCAACCAGCAAGCAGUGUAGACAACAGCACUCCAAAAUAUAAAAGGCCACAUGAUGAUAUUUCAUCUCCCUUUGGAUUAUCUGAAAGUGAAGAAUCUGGAGCUGGGGAAAACAAAAUAAAAGAGAAAGGAGUGAAUGGCAGUGACUUUUCUAUAGCUGCAGAUAAGGCUGGGACUUCUAUGUUUCAAAUGAGGAAGAAUAAGAUAUCAACAGAUGAAUCUGGAGAUAUGGUGCAGAAACAAGGAAGAAGUGGUAGGAAUUUUUCAUUAACAAGGCCAGGACUCCCUUCUGGGAGGGAGAAGCCAGAGAAUGUACCAAUAAUGAAGCCAGUACAGGACAUGAAGCCGAAUGAUAAGAGUAAAGCCAAAUAUGGACGCCCUCCUUCAAAAAAGCAAAAAGAGCGUAAAAUUUUGACUCGUGUACGGAAACAACUGAACAUUGGUUCUUCUGAAUUUGGAGGUGAAUCUGAUGAGGAUCGUGAAGAAUUAUAUAAAGCUGCAAAUGCUGCUCGUAAUGCUAGCAAGCUUGCUUGUUCGGGUCCAUUUUGGAAUAAAAUGGAGUCUAUUUUUGCUUCUAUCAGCUUGGAUGAUGCAUCUUACUUGAAGCAACAGCUCAAUAUUUCUGAGGAGUUUGAGAAAAGUUUUUCUCAUAUGUUUGGCAUUGAUCAUGAUCUGUUGAGUGUUGUUAUAAAUAACAAGACCACUGGCUCAGAGGAAGGCAAGAGAAGUCACUGUGAUGAAGAAUCAACUAAGUUUGAUGCUUUAGGUGGAAAGAAGGACACAGAAAGACUGGACAAGGUUACCCCACUAUUCCAAAGACUUCUUUGUGCUCUAAUUGAAGAGGAUGAAAGUGAAGAAUCAUAUCACCAAAGUGAUGCAAAGAAUAUAUCUCGACAAUGUGCUAGUGAUGAUUCUCACUGUGGUUCUUGUAAUCAAAUUGAUUUUGAACCCAAAGAUCGUGAUAGAAUGGAUUCUGAAGUUGAAUCAGAGGUAGAUCUUCCAAUUCAGAAGAAUUGCAUGUUGGAUAGACUGUCUUGUGAAAAGAGCACCACAUCCAACACAUUUAGGUACCCAAACACAUCCAGUUCUUUACAAAGCACUGGAGUUUGGCAGGACGACGAAGAAUUUUGCCUUUCGGAUAUCACACACACCAGUGAAAUAUGUUCAAAUGAUGUUGAUCAACUGCAGCCUGCUGAAUUAAGUGUUCUUAGCUUUCCUUCUCCUGAUGGCCAGUAUCAGCUGAUGUCACUGGAUGACAGACUGCUGCUGGAGUUGCAAAGCAUUGGGUUAUAUCCUGAAAUAUUGCCUGACUUGGCUGAGGAAGAUGAAGCUAUAAAUCAAGACAUUGUGAAACUUGAGAAAGCAUUGUACGAACAGAAUGGGAGGAAGAAGAAUAACUUGGACAAAAUUGAUAGUGCUGUUCAAGAAGGGAGGGACAUGGAAAGGCAGAAGAUUGAACAAGCUGCGUUUGACCAUCUUAUUGAAAUGGCUUACAGAAAGAGAUUGGCAUGCCGAGGAAGCAAACAUUCAAAAGGUGCAGUUCACAGGGUGUCUAAACAAGUUGCUUUGGCCUUUCUCAAACGGACUCUUGGAAGAUGUAAAAGAUAUGAAGAAGCUGGCAUUAACUGCUUUAGUGACCCUACCCUGCAAAAUAUAAUGUUUGCUCCACCUUCACGUGAGAAUGAUGCACAACCUGCUGAAUGCAUGGUCUCUGGGACAGCCAGUAAUACAUGUAACAAAGCUCCCCAUCAAAUUGAGGCCAGAAAAUCAGGUGCAGUUUCUAGUGCUUCGGAGAAAUACGAUUGCCAUAGAGAUUAUGCAGACAGGGGAUUGGUUGAUUCUUUUCAAGGUUCAAUUCAGUCAUCAGAGCAAGCAUCAUCCAAGAAUGGGUCCGUGUUUAUCAAAGAAAAGAAGAGGGAAAUGCUGGUCAACGGUUCUUCCUCUAGAGCAUCAAAUCUAGAAGGUGCUGUUCAUGGUGGAGUGAGGGGAAAGAGAAGUGAGAGAGAGAGGAAUCAGAGCAGACAAAAUUCUAUUGGUAGAGCUGGACGCAUGUCCCUGGACAGUAGCCCAAAUGAGAACAAACCAAAAGCCAAGAAGCAAAAGACUAGUGCUAGUGGACAUGAUAGGUAUAAGGAAACAAAGGAAGAAUCUGCUGUGGCUGAUACAAUCAAUAAUAGUAGCAAAAAUGGGGCAACAUUAUCUGGUAACCAGGACAAUUCUCAAAUAAAUGAGUCCAAUGACUUCGGGAAUUUGCCACUACCUGAUUUAAGUUCAAUUGAAGAAUUUGGUGGGGCGCAUGAUCUUAGUUCUUGGUUGAACUUUGAUGAGGAUGGUUUGCAAGACCAUGAUUCUAUUGGCCUUGAAAUACCAAUGGAUGACCUAUCAGAUUUAAAUAUGCUUAUGUGAAGGGAUGUGACUUAGACUCUACUGGUUACACGUAUGAUAUCUGAAGGAGAAUUUGUAUGUAUUCAGUGAACCUUGCGGGCAUCAAGAUCUGGAGGGAGUUUUUGUGAUUGGGAUGGAUUGUUACGAAUUUUGACACAUUUUAUAGGGUAAACAGAGUGGUGGAGACUUAAAAUUGCAAUUCGAUAUAUAUAUUUUUUGCCUGGGAAGUUGUAUAGAGGAAGCUACAAUCAUGGAUUUCAUGAAAUUGCUUUUAGAUUCCUUCUCUUAUGAAUCUAACUGGUUUUUCCGGGUUAGAGGCAUGGUCUCUGAAAUGACUUCCAAUUGGAGAUUAGAUUAAAGCGCUAUGCCAUUCAUUUAAUCAGAGGAGACUGGGUGGUUUCAUUUCUCAAGCUGUGACUUAAGCUUCAGCUACCAUGCAAUGUAAAAUGUUUUUGUUCUUAUAGCCUGUAACUGGCAUAAUGUUGGUUGAUGAUAUGUUAAUUAAUUUUUCUGGGAUUAAACUCGCUAAUUAAUCCCAUAUGUAGUGUCCUAGGACUCAUCAUUGACAACUGAUUCUCUUACGGUUGCAUAAUAUAGCUGAGCAGAAAAACGACCCAUGUCUUGCCUCUAGUUUCGGGUCUCUAUUUUCUGUUGAUUCUCAGCAUUUGCCUUCACUGUUCAAACAAGUAAACUGUGUUUUACAAUUUCGAUAAUGACACAAACAACUAACGCCGCAAGAAUGAUUCUUUUGAUCUA